AUGUCAAGUAAAUUCUUUAAUGACCUCGAUGCCACCAUUAAGAAAGAUGGUACUUUAGCUCAAAAAAUCAAAGGUAUCUAUCAAUUUGAUAUCACUGAAAAUGGUACUGUCAAACAUUACUCUGUUGAUUUAAAAACUGCUCCAGGUUCAUUCAAAGUUGGUAAACAUGAAAAACCAGAAUGUACUAUUAUUGUAAAUGAAGAAGAUUUCGUUCAAAUUCUUGAAGGUAAAUUAUCUGAACAAACUGCAUUCAUGAAAAAGAAAUUAGCAAUUAAAGGUAAUAUGGCAUUAGCAAUGAAAUUCCGUUCAAUUGUAAAUGCUGUAAAGAAUAACACAAAAUCAGCACCAGCUCCAGCAGCAGCAACUACCACUGCACCAGCAGCAGGUGGUCUUGAUGAUGGUACACUAUUAGGUAAAGAAUUUGAAAAAUUAUCAAAAACUGUUAUUGCAAAUCCAGACUUAGUUAAAAAGAUCAAUGGUGUAUAUCAAUUUGAUAUUGAUACCAAAAAAUACACUGUCGACUUAAAGAAUAAUAAAGGUUCAGUUAGUGUUGGUCCAGCUCCAAAAGCUGAUUGUACCAUCACAAUGAAGGAAGCAGAUUUCCUCUCUUUAAUGUCUGGUAAAUUAAAUGGCCAAACUGCCUUCACUAAAGGUUUAUUAAAAAUCAAAGGUAAUAUGGGUUUAGCCAUGAAAUUAGGUCAAAUCACAAAAGCUAAACCACAAGCUAAAUUGUAA